AUGGAGGUUGCUAACGCCGAAAUUCGCGCUGUUUUAAAGUUUUCCUUCGUAAAAGGUAAAUCCGCUAGAGAAACAUUCCGUGAGAUUAAUUGUGUUUUAGAGGAUGGUACUCUAUCACUUCGAGCCGCGGAGGAAUGGUUUCGACGAUUCAGAGCCGGUGAAAACGACACCAUGGAUAAGCCAGCCGACGGAAGACUUGUGACGACGAAUACCGAUCAUAUCAUGGAAAACAUCGAGCUAGAUCCGCAUGUGACAUCUCGUGGCAUCGCCGAGGAGAUAGGAGUUAGUCACCAAACCGUUAUACAAAACCAAACCGGAUACAAAAAAAAGUUGGAUGUUUGGGUGCCGCAUGAUUUGACGCAAAAAAAACCUGUUGGACAGAAUCAACGCCUGCGAUAUGCUCCUGAAACGGAAUGA